CCUACCUACCUACUCCCUACUCCGUAGGUCGCCUUCAAUUCUUCGGAUGAAGCAUGUUUUCGCCCUCCGCCAGACUUCGUGUUGGUCAAUUCAACCUUACUUGAACCUCCCCUCCCAUGGCUUCAGAGCUGUCAAUAUGCGGCUUGGCCAGCAACGUAUAGCCUCGGCACUUUGCCGCAACUUCCACAUAGCACACCUUGUCCCCCGACCACGCCGAUCGUUCCAUCUGACGACGGCAACUCAACUGCCCCGAAAACGGAACUUUUUCACUUCCAAUAUCUACCUGUCUCAAAACGGCGAACCGCCAGCGGAAUCGACGACAGCGACUGAGAAUGGCAGGCACACCACAGCAAAACCCCCACCACCACCACCACCACCGCCGUCGCCACCGCCUCCUCCAAAGCGGAGGGGCAACCGUGCAGUCAGUGCGAAGAACUCGCUCCGCCGAGUCGCCAUCAUCGCGCAACGACCGGCCCAACGAUCUCCCGACUCCCGCACGAUAAUUGAUUCCCCCGAAGAAGAGCCGUCGCACAAGAUGAUUUCGGCGGUCUGCGUGUCCGAGGCCUUCGACAUGGCGACCGUCCUAGACAUCCUAUGCGCGCACGGGUUCGACAUCGAUCCGGACAACACAGGGUUCGAGGCGUCGGAGGUGGUACACGCGCGCGGGGUCAACGGCGGCGACAUCUUCGUCUUCCCGUCCGGCACGAUCGUGACGUGGUCGCUGCCGCCGGACGUGGUGACGCGGCAGCUGCUGCGGGCGGCCGAGGUGCCGCUGGCGGAGGACCUGCGCGAGGUGGAGGACCUGGAGUACGCGGCGGACGGGAACCGGGAGACGAGCGGGAUGAAGGGCGACGUCGUGGUGUUGGGGACCAGGCGGGAAGAGCGGGACGGCGACCGGCUGGACACGACGCUGGCCAAGAUCGCCUUCUCGUCCGGGCUGGCGCGGAGCACCAAGCUGGCGGUGCUGGAGAGCGCGCUGACGGCGUACUUUGAGAGCACGCGGAACAUCCCGAACUUGUUGUCGCGGGGGUCCGGGGUGCCGCUGGGCCGCAAGUUCAUUCUGCAGAAGACGGGGGAGUUGCUGAGCCUGCGGGCGCGGCUGAACCACUACUCGGAGCUGACCGACUCGUUGCCCGAUAUCUUCUGGGAUAGCCGGUCGGAGCUGGGAUUGGAAGGAUACUACGAGCAAGUUGGGCGGGCGUUGGACGUGAACGUGCGGAUCCGGACCUUGAACCAGAAGAUGGACUACGCGCAGGAGAUUGCGACGGUCUUGCGGGAGAUGUCGAGCGAGCAGCACAGCACGCGGCUGGAGCUUAUCAUCAUCGUGCUCAUCGCGGUAGAGGUCAUCUUUGAACUGCGCCGGAUUGUACUGGAGCGGAUGAUGGAGAAGGAGGAGUUGAAGAAGUUGGCAGCAGGGAGCGUGUAAGGACUAAGGACGGACACCCGAGUUUUGUUGUGUACGAAGUAAUUACUAGAACCCUUAAGGUCGCGCCUCUCUUGCGUGGCGGCAGCGAUACGCCCUCUCCAGCAGUGGAGCAUUUAAGAUACCCAUCUCUGUUCUAUUCCCGCUUGGUAGUCGGAUUUCCUAAGGUCCGACCCUGACACUGAAGUCUCUCUCUUUGUCCGUUGCCUUGGUUUUGCCUUCAUUAUAAUAGUGUACAGAGCCCUGACGCUGUAGCC